GCCGGCGGCGAGGCGGAGUGCCUCGUGCUGAAACACGAGCAAGCCGUGCUCGCCCUCGCCCUCCUCGACGACGGCCGGCUCGCCACGGGCGCGGGCGACGGCAAGGUGACGCUAUGGACGCCGUCGGCUGGCGGGGCGGGCUUCACCGAGAGCGGCGGCUGCCGCGUCAGCACGCCCGUUCGUGGGCUGGCGCCGCUGCCCGGGGGCGGGUUCGGGCAGGUGGGCAAUGACGGCGUGCUGCGCAGCUUCUCCUCCGACGCCGUCGAGCAGCACGCGUCUGCGCCGUGUGGCGCAUAUCUCCUCUGCGUCGCAGCGCUCGGCCGCGGCUCGCACCAGCUCGCCACGGGCGGCGACGACGGCGUGGUGCGUCUGUGGGCCGCGCCGCCGCCGCCGUCGGCGCUGGCGUGUCUGCAGGAGCUGCGCACGCCGGGCGAUGUCUACGGGCUGUGCGUGCUGCCGGGAGGGGAGAUCUUUUGCGCGUCCGACGAGGCCGGCGCCUUCAUGGGCGGCGGUAGCGCGCAGAUCUACUGGAACCGUGGCGACGACAUCGACAGCGUGGCGGCGCAGUUUGCGAUGCGGAACGGGCGCUCGGCUCUCCUCGCCCAGCUCGCAGCGAUGGGCUUCGAGGCGGCGCGGGCGCAGGCGGCGCUGGAGCGCGCGGGCUGGGACGUCGAUGCCGCGCUCACGAUGCUGCUCGGCUAA